AUGGUAUUGGAGCGUUUUGCGGUGCAUGCUACGUGUUUCCCUCAGCUCAUUUUACAAAGCAUUUCAUAUCUUUUGCAGGAUCUCAAAGUGUCUGUGCUGAAAAAAGUGGACACAGAAUCUUCGACCGCCAGUCAAUGGUUCCCAAAAAAAGUCGUUAUCGUGACGGAUAAGCGACGUAUGGAAUCGAUGGCAUGGGCUCACAGCUCUAGUGAUCUGAUGGGUUGCUCAAGUUCAACGGAGAUUUCAUGUCCGAUUGAGAACGACUCCAGAGCUGAUUUGAGCAUGGAUUCUGACCCAUCCCUCUCCUCGAUCAACGCGCCAUCAUGGUACUCUUCACAAAAUCCGUCUAUGCCCUCGACAUCAUCAGCAAGUACAACGAGCAGCUUCCAGUUAAGUUCGAUCGAGAUUGAGCCUGAUAUUGACGCUGGAUCAAUGCGAAGUCAUAGUCCGCCAUUGGAGACAGAAAAUGGUGAAGUUGCAGAAAAGGGAUGCACGUCAAUUUUGAAGACACGCACCGCUCUACGGAAGCCCGCGUCAUCGGGCGGAGGCCCGCGAAAAGUCCAACGCACACGCAGUGCGAAACAUCUCUUGCGAGCGCUGCGGAAAAUCUUUCGUAGAGCGAACGAAGCUCAACCGGCACAUGCUGACACAUACAGGCGAAAGGUCUUUCCGGUGUGUCAUGAGCCGGGGCUGAUGGUAGAGUGUGUGCCGAUAAUGAGCGCAACGGACGGGAUAGGACCCGAGUGCUCCAUUACUUCAGCGAUUCGCCUCGACUGUCGCUGCCGAAUCGUAGCGAAUCGCGACGCGAAUCUGCCUAAUCUGAAUCGCCCAAACGUGAAAAACCCCACAAGUGCCAAAUAUGUCAGCAUGCCUUCUCACAUCCGUACAACUUACGUGUUCACAUCUCAAGGAGACACAAGGAAAAAAGUUUGA